AUGUGUCGCAUCAUUCGCGCCAUUAAGGUCUACACCGUCUGCCAGCACCAAGAACAACUCGUUCAGCCCUGUCCAUCCCCCUACUUGUACCCCGCCAAACUGCAGAACUACCUGCGCUCAGCAGCGCGGAUUCCCUUCUAUCCACAUGCAUACCUGUGGGCGGCUGUACACACACGAGGAUAUUCUUGA